GCCGGUGGCAUAGAGGCCGAGUUAAACGGGCCAGAUCGCAGAUGGACGUCCGCGGGAGCGUUCUGUCAUGGAGAGCACAACGCGAUGUGCCGUAAGUGUGCUCAAGUAUCGUUGUCGUCGUGGUCGUUGCCGAAGUAAUCGCGUGUGUAAUAUUUCAAAUUGUAUCAUAGGUUUAUCACAGUGACAAUCGAUAUAUUUAGGCGUGCGUAAAGAUCGUGGUGCUCGUGGUGCUACUAUCGGUAUAUCGUGAACUGUGGCAAUCGAAUAAUUGUAUCGCAGCCACGUCUCUAUAUAUCCAAGACAUCUUCAUCAAUCUUCAGCGAUUAAAAGAAGUGAUUCUUUGUGAAUCGAAUAAUCGCAUCUACGUGCGAUUAACGUUCGAUUCAUCGAACAAUCGAUAAAUCGGCAAACGGUGCUGUGACAUGUUAACUGAGGUGCAUGCCAUUGUGUCUAAUAAUAGAUUCGUGAUUCGAAGUAUCGCAUAUAAUCCACGUGUUCGUUUCGAAGAGCGUACGGUAUUCAAAUAUUGUCAACAAGUUCGAAGAAUAGUCACCUGCUACGUAGCAUUUGGACAACCGUUUCGUGGAAUUGAGUCAAUGUCGACAACGGUACGCGUGUUGUUACCGCGUGACAUAAAGGCAUUGUAAACACACAAGUACGAGACGCAUUUCGUUUGUAUACAUUACGAAAUUUAAACGAAGUCGAGCACGUAUAUUCUUCGUAGAACGUAAUGUAAACAACAAGCAAAGAAACGGAUCGAAGUUUUUUCCGGUUACGACCAUUACAAAUAUACUAUUUAUAUACAUUGGCAAUAUCUACGCAAUAUUUCGCUUUUCGAGAAUCGCAAGCGACGCUUCGAUAUACAAUCGAUUUUCGAUAGUAUCACGAACCUGGUCACAUGGUACAAACGAAAUCGAUUGCGAUUAUAAUCGAAAACGUAUCGUUGUCGAUCGAUUGCUCGAUAAAUGUCGAUCUUCAUACGAAACAAGAAUACGAAAUCCUGUUAACUCGAUCCGUUAACGUAACGGACACGCGAAGAAUAAUCGCGAAGACUGAAUUGUUUCGUAGCACAUUUUUAUAAACGAAAUCGUGUGUAAAUCAAAUUAUUUGGUGGUGAUAAGGAAUUGUAUCAAAGUUUACGAGAUAUAUUAAUCGAUCGGGCGGAAUCAAUGCGUUCUCGCUUCUCGAACAGCGGUGUACGACAGUGACAAAUAAAAAAGGGAGUGAGAGACGAACGAUGCUGCUGUCCGGUUGUCGCGGUUAAUUCGCACGUGUCGCGAUGUCGGGCGGCACGGCGGGCGUCCGUGGCACCGGCGCCGAGUGCAGGAAGUUCGCGCCGAACAUAUUCAACAAGAGCAAGUGCAGCAGCUGCUUCAAGCAGAAGGAGGAGCACAGUGCGGAGGCUCUGGAAUGCAACAGGGCAACGAGAAAGAUUUCAAAAUGUGGAUACCUGUUCGUCGCCCCGGGCUGGGACUUCUCCAAUCCGCUGAAUCGCACGAAGAGAUGGCAGAGAAGAUGGUUCGUCCUGUACGACGACGGGGAGCUGACAUACUCUGUGGACGAGCACCCAGAGACAGUUCCUCAAGCGAGGAUCGAUAUGACCCGUGUGUUAGAGGUUGCUGCUGCCGAGGAUAUAACCGGACAUCCGUACAGCCUGGCGAUCACCUCGCCGGAAGGAGUUACCUUCGUGAAGGGCACGUGCCGCGAGGAAACCAGAUGGUGGGCCGAUGUGCUUCAAGUCUACUCGAGGAACAAGGGCCGGCAUAAGAGGAAUGCGACGUUCCCCGGUGGACAGACCACCAUUCUUCAGGUCACUCCUACGAUCAGAAGUAACACGCCGAAUCCACCUCGACCACGGUUCAACAGCUGCCGUUCAGAGCCCCGCAGCAACACAUGGAUCUCGGAAACGAGCGUCCCCGCAGACCUUUGCGCGUCUGUCUUCUCCUCCACGCCGUCUCUGGUGACCAACAGCGUGGUAACGACGACCAGCAACACGUCGAUGAGCAACGGGAACGCGGUGGAGAACAGCAACGACCAUCGUGUCACCGCCAACGUGUCACCCCUGAGAACCAGCACGCCACUUGAGAACGGUGGCUCCACCUACGUAACUUCCGUUCCAUCCACCUCGACCAUGAACGGGAGCGUGUCCAGCACCGUGUACACGACCGUGACCACGUCGACCACGACCACCGUGGUGUCGUCCGUCUCCAACUCGUUGACGGAGAAGCCACCGAUCGUGCCCCCCAACGAGGGUAGAUCGAGCUACAAGGAUCAACCGGCUAGCAGCGCCUCCCCCCCGACCAGAGACAAGCUUCGAGCGGAAGACAAGGCCAGACGCAGGAUGAAUCAGCACGGAGAACGAACCGGGACCGCCUGCUCUGGCGAGAAACUAGACGAUGACGCCUGUCGAAGGAUCCUGUUGGAGCAUGAAAGAGAAAGAGAAGGAAAGUUGCGAGACAUUGCCGCCUCCUUGACCCAGCCACGCGUCAGGAGGAGCAUCAAGCCUAGGACGUCUGAGCCGACAAGGGAUGUGGUGGAUGCGGCCAAUGCGGCCUAUCAGGACAAAUUUGUUAGAGGCGAUCCGGAUGGAUGUGGCCUCGACAUCUCCGGCAUUAGAUACUCUCCUACCUCUGAACUGAGGGUCGAUCUGCCCGCUGAAGAUUUGUUAAACAUCAAGAAAGGCUGGUUAAUGAAACAAGGAUUAAAUAAGGAAUGGAACAAGCAUUGGUUCGUGCUUCGCGGUUGCGGCCUCAUGUACUACCGAGAUCCCUGCGCGGAAGAUAAGGGUAUCAUGGACGGUGUCAUAGAUCUGAAUACCGUUACCGCCGUCACGCCCCUUCAAGUCGCAAGAAAUUAUGGAUUCCAGACUGUGGCCUGGGACGAUCGAGGAUCUACCGUAUUGUCCGCGGUGACCGCUGGUAUACGAGCCAGUUGGAUGUCGGCCAUUCGGAGGGCUGCCAAUUUACCAGAUCCUGACAAUGGCAACGAUUCUCUGACGGUUUGUCAGGAUGCGCAGCAAGAUAACACCCCGCAAUCACCUACCGCAUCGCUGACAGACCGCGAGAGAGAUUCCUCGGUCGUUCCUUCAACGUCGGUCACACCACGCUCAGUCCUGUUCUCCUCCGACGAGGAAUAUCGAACGGCAUCCGAAGGCGGCAGAAGGGAGUCCGGUGAUUGGUCCGAGGUCCCAGUAUCGCCACCCUUAGUGAGAAACGGCGACUGGCCCAGUGGAUUGAAGGGUUCCAGUUGGUCAGAUUCGGCGAACCACGAGUGGUCAGAAUUACCUCCGUCGCCACCGUUGACUAGAACCGCUUUGUCCAGAGUGAAAGCUCGAUCCAGAUCAAGCUCCAGAUCCAGAGUUUACAAGAGAAGUUGCAGCUCGCCCCUGAGCUCGAGAAGAAGCACUUUGGAUAGCGUGAGGUCGGAGGAUUUGAUGAUGGCCUGCUGCGAAUUAGGAGAGGAUGAGGAACAGCACAACGGCCAUAUGCAGAAUAGUUGUCUGUCGAGCGCAAACGAGAGCCCAUUGAUAGUAGAAUUGUUGGAGAACCAGGUGUCUUUGCUGCGCGAUCAGUUGGAUCAAAAUCAGUCGCAUCCAAGCACGCUACUAGUCAUUAUCGAGCGUCAAGAGAACGAGAUAGAAAGCUUGAAGUCGCAGCUGAAUACGGCGAGAGCGGACGUCGCGAGCGCUGAGAAGGAACUAUCCAGGUUGAGGCAGCAAAAGGCCGAGGCCUCCAUCAGAGAAAAACAGGUGGAUGAAUUGUUGAGCACGAUCCAGAGAACGGAGCAGCAGAGAAACAAGGAUUUGGAGGAUCUGGAGAAGAUGAAGAAGAUGUACAACAGGGAUAAGGAGAUGUUGGAAUGCAAGUUGUUGGAGACCGAAGCUAUUCUUAGAGAGACCAGCGAGCGAUGUGAAAUGCUUACUAAAGAGUUGGCAUCGAGUCAUAGAACCGUCGAACAUCUGCAGUCGGAGAUAACCUCUUUGAGCAAUAGAUUAUCUCAAGGGAUAGAGGAAAACGAGCGUUUGUAUAGCAAAGUUAGGGAACUGGAAGACAAAGGGGGGUUGUCUUCUUCGAAAGAACGAGGAAGAAGCUUUGAUUCUCUCAGUGAUUUGACGAACAUCGAGCUGGAUCUGGAUUUCAAUUCUCUUGACAAGGAAAGAAUCGUGGAAGAAUACGACGAACUUAGAUCCCGUUUCGAGAAAGCUAUCCUUGAGAUACGCGCGAUGCGCAAGGAGCUUCGCGAGGCGCACGCAAUGCAGGAUGCUUUGGAAUUGGAGAUCUUUGCUCACAAGCAGGACGCAGCUAGCGUGAACGAGACGAAUCAAGCUCAGAUACAAUUAAUGGCAGCUAGGAUCCAAGAUUUGACCAACAAGCUUGCAGCCAGCGAGAAGCAAGUAAGGAAUCUGAAGCAGAAGCUGACAAAAGCUGAAACUAGGGACAAGAGGAGGUCGUUGUCGUUGAAGGGUCGUGAGUCCUUCCAGAUUUCUCAAGAGAUGGAGGACAAGUUGGUGGAUCUGGAGAACAAGAUCUGCGCUAUAGAACGCGGGAAGAGCGUAAGCGCGCCUGCGUCGGCGGGAAGCAGCCCUAAGGAGUCGAGCCCUAAUCCAAAGAAGGAGAAGAGGAGGGAUAGCAAGAGUCUAGACCGGACCAGAUUAAGAAGGAAAUCGCUGGACAGUGCAACUAGUUCAGAACCGAUGAAAGUGUUGAUCAGACUCAGCACGUUGGAGACGAAGGUGGCGAACGUGCAGGAGAACAUGGCGAGCGACGCGGAGAAAGACUCGAGCGAGUGCAGCGAGAUAAGCGCGCCCUCGACGAGCGAGGUAUCGUUGGAGAUCAUCGCGAGGUUGAAGAAAUUGGAGAGAGUCGUUUCGAAGUCGAAGAGGAGGCUGGAGAAGUGUUUAGGCUCGACGCAAGCCGAGGACAAAGCGGAGAAGUGUUUGCGCGAGGUAAACGAUAUUUUGGACUCGUGUUUAGAAUGUAAGAAAAACCAAGGUAGCGCUCAAGUGACCGAGUCAGUAGGCAUAGUGGUAUCUAGACUAGAGACUAUACUUAAAGAUAAAUUGAGCGAACUCACGAAGAGACGGCAGACGCUCGAGCAGAACGGCCAGCUGGACGAUAGGGAGAAGAUGAAGCUGAUCGCGGAGAGGGUCGCGUUCGAGUUCGUUGUUUUGAGACAGAUCAAGUGCGCGAUCGGCCGUACAUUCGACCGUAGUGCCGUCCUCAGUGAAUUGGUCGAAACUAGUCAGCUUGCCUCAAGCUUAAUGCGUAAGAUUCACGGAACUAAGCCCAAAACGUACCAAAACACCAGUUACAUUCAGUAUCUUACUAGAGUGUUAGCCAAUAAGUUAGUACUAGUAGGUGGUGUGGCCGCGACGGAGACGGUGACCAAGGAGGUGUCCGCGGCUCGUAACGAGAGCUUGAACUUCUUGCUGCAGAAACAGCGCGAGAUAAACGAGAUGGUGUGCAGAUACAAGGAGACGAAGUUGAGACAGCUCGCGGAGGCACUGGCCGCCGAGACGUUGAGCAUGUCGGAGCAAGAGGAUUCGAGCAAGCAACAGGCGACCAACUCGAGCAAAAAGUUGCUGGAGGACAGACGGAUUCGGGAGGCAUGGGCGCUUGCCCAAGAAACGGUGAGCAAAGAGUUGGUGCAGGCGGAAGUGUCCCACGUGAUCAUGCGCUGCGGCCAGAUGUACGAGCAAAAUAUCACGAGCGUGACCGAUGCUUGCCUCAACUUCGAGAGCGCGGAGAACGUAACGUUAGAAUCUUGGAUCGAUGCGGCCCAAUCCAGGCUGCGCGAAGAGAUGGAACAGUCGACACGCGAGCUGUCCAACGUGUACGAAGAAUGCCUUCACCGGUUGAAGAAGAGCAAGCCGGCGAUAGUCGAGUCGAAGUACGAGUCGAGACGAUUGUUGACGGACUACGCGGACGUGAUCGCGCACAAAGCUUUAAUAGACGCCAGAAUCGAGCUUCUUCGGGAGAACACGAGACAAUUGACGACGCCCUUCCCCGGGGAGACUUUCGUAUCUAGUCUAAUCCGAAACGACGACGUUCUUUCGUGUCUGCUGGAGGCAGACGACCAAGAGUUCCAAAGCGACCCGAUUCUCGACGCGGAGUACAGUUACCUUUAUCAGCAAUUUAGCAAGGAAUGCGAGGACAGGAUAUCCGGUUCGAAGCGCGCCUCGAAGGAGCAAAUAAAGAACGUCGGCCAGAGUUUGCUCUGUCUCGAGGAGGAUUUGGUCGAGUUGGGCAAACGUGUUCGAGAGAAAUUGGACGAGGACAGCGAGGAGAAUGUUUCGUGGCCGGCGAAAUCGGCCGCGAUGAUUACCAUUACGGACUGGUCGAGCGUGUGCGAGAAAUGCUCGCAGUUGCGCGAGCAGAUAAAAAAAUUGAGCGACCAUAUGAACAGCGUGACUUGCAAACAGUGUGACCAAUUGCAGAAAACUAUCGAGAGGAUAACGGCGGAGCACAAUCAAGAGUUGGAGACGUUGAAGCGUAACCAGGAGAGGGAUUUGAUGGACAUCAAGGGUGAAUUGGACAAUCAGAGGCAAUCGUUGACCUCUCAAUACGAGCAGGAAGCGGCCAGUUUGCGUGAAAAGGCGAGAAAAUUGGAGCACAGGCUGAACGCAAUGGACUCCGAGCACUCGGCUCACGUGAACGAGCUUAGAGCCGCUUAUCAAAGAUCUAUGAGCGCCGAAUUGGAUACAGAUGCGGAGACGAGGAAGAGAUACAAAGAAGAGAUCAAGCAACUGCGAGCGUUGUGCGAGAAGGGUUUGCUCGCUAUGGAGAAUUCCCACAGGCGCAUCAUUUCCGAGAUGGAGGAGAAACACCGACAAGAGUUGGAAAAUCUGAGGGUGGAGAAGGAGCAGGCGUUGUCGGAAGAGACUCAGGCCACUCUGGCGGCCCUGGACGCUAUGAGAAAAGCUCACGAGCACGAGGUGCAGAAAGAAAUAGCUAAAUUCAAGCAGGAAUUUAUUAAACAAAUGCAGGCACGCGAAGACAUUGGCGUGCUUCACAAGGAACACGAGGAAGAGAUGGAGGAGAUCAAACAGGAAAUUCUUUCCUUAUCUGCCAAAUACUCCUCCAAGUGCGUAGAAUCAGCAGCCUUGGAGGAAAAGGUAGGAUCCCUUACCAAGCAGCUUGCUCAAGCGCAACAACACAUUAUGCAAUUGGACGCGAGGAACAAACAGCUCAGGGCGCACCUCGUAUUGGAAACGAACGACAGCGCAAACGACAACGUGCAAAUGUUGAGGGGCAGGGACAACGAGAUUGCCGAGUCGAGGGAAGAGAUCCAUCGACUGCAACAGUUGAAGCAUGGGGAGGCCCCUCGUGAUACGUCCGGUGUGCCAUCGAAAUCUUCGUCGCUAAGCUACUCGCCGCAGCGUGGCCGGAUUAAUAACGAGCCGCUGCCCAAAGCGGCGAUUAGCGAGGAGCAGAGAACGGGCGGCGAAAGGCCGACGAGAAACACGUUGUCCACGUUGCAAAAGAGCACGCAGGACAAGCAGGCAGCGUUCUCGUACAAGCUUGAACGCGUUAAAUCGGUCUCGUUGCCUUACUCGAGUAACUUGGUUAGGCCGGGCAAUAGUUCUGGCGUGAACACGCACGACGUGAAAGAGGUGAGCUUAGGUCAAAAGAGCCAGGAGCGUAGUAACGGCCUGGCGUCGCCGCUCUGGGACAGCCUGAGACCGAGGAGCGGACUGCCCCAUCAGUAUCAAGGUGGCACAGCAGAGGCCGAAGGCGCCGGCGGUGGCUGGCAGAGCAGCGACAAAACCGAAAAACAGCAACACUCGGAGGCAUACAGCUUCCAUGCCGACAAUCCUUCCGAGUCCCGCCUCACCCCGGAACCCCCAGCUCUCUCCGUUGCAGGUCCGUUCUCUUCUUUGCCAAUUAGGAAGAAUUUUUCCAACGAUAUUCGUCGACGAAGCACCACCCCACCACUUUUGUUUUGUCUUCGACACGCUUCCCUGUUCUGCACUUUAUUCUUUUUCUUUCUUCACUUCUCCUUUAACCUUUGCUUUUAACGUCUCUACCUUAACUGGCUGCUUAACUGGCUUGGGAUAAAAUUAGAAGCUUGUCAAAGUUUAGGUUCAGGUUCCUUCAUGUAUUGUGUUAUAAUAUAUUAUAAUAUUAUAUUGUUAUUGUAUAACAGUGUAUUAUUAUAAUAUAUUCGUUUAAUUCCAUAAUGAAUUAUUGAUACUGUUUGAAGUUUAAUUGUUGAUGCACAUAUAUUUGAUAUAUUUGGACUUUUUGAAUAUGUACAAUUACUUGCAUUAAUACUUAAUUAUUUAUUUUGUAUGUGAAAGGAUUAUUUAUGUAUUCAUGUUUUAUUGUGAACAAUUCUAUUUUGAAUACCUUACCUAAAAGAAUAUGAAUAGAACACUUUUCUGUUUGAAACUAAAACUAUACAAAUAAAUACAUACUACAUUUAAAUAAUCCUUAAGAAGAUGUAAUUUAAUGUUCAAAUAUUAAUGCAAGUAAUCAUAUAUAUUCUUUUACCCGAGUUUACCACCUUGAUUUCCUUUUCCACGCGAGCUUAUUAUUGAAGGUAACACAGGGAGAAAGGGAGAUCGGUGAAGAGAAUAGCGAAUAAAGUGUAAUCCCAUUUACAGAGCUGAUGAGGUCUCCAGCAGUGAGGUGGUCCAGCAGAAGUUGUCGUAGCUUGCCUCCAACGCCCACGCCGAGUUAUCAUCACCCGCUCCACCCACCACUUCCAGCGGUGGGCAUGGUCGCCGAGAGGAAGAAACGUUUCGAGCUCUGAAUCGUUAAUUAACACGCAUACUAUAUUCUUAAAAAUUCAUAAUCACGCGUAUCACACAAAAGAAAGAAAGAAAGAAAGAAUACAUUGUCGAAAACUCGUUUAAUAUAAUUCGCGCGUACAAUUGUUUUUCGAAAUGGUGCUAAAUCAGACUCGUUCCGAGUCUUCCUCAGAAGAAUUUCACGAAUUUCGACUCGUUUGCAUUAUCCACAAAAAAUACAGCAUUUUUCCGAUAUUCGUUUCUUCUCAAAUAUUUAGAAUUAAUCCAUUUUUUAUUUUUUUUUUCUCCAUUGACAAUUUACAGGCAAUUCGUCACUGCCAUAGGAAAUAGAGCUUCGACGGUAGAAUGGAGCAAAUGUCAAUUAUUACGGUCGCCCGGGAUCGUGCUCGUCGUAACGUAACGAUAUUGAGCAUGUUUAUCAAGUAAACAUGAUUCAAUAGCCGAAACGAGGCUCGGGUCCCGCGCUAGGCUCGCGAGUUCUGCUUUAAGGUUGAAAGCCUAUCGCGAACGAUAGGUCGUUUUCGAAGGGAAACUGUCCUCCUUCUUCUCCCUCAUAUCGAUCGAAUUUAUAAUAUCGUUUAAUGGGACCACCGCUCGAUAAAGGUGGUUAAAUUUGAUAAGCAUUUAAAACUUUCGAUGAUUUUUCGACGUAGGACCGAGUAGUGAUCGUUUCGAUCGAUUUUCGCGAGCGACGUGCGUUUCUAGGGCAUUAUUUCAGUUAUAUCUGCCGUUUCUCGUCGAUUUUGCAAUUAUCGUAAUGAUGCAAUUGUACACGUGAUUGUUGAUCAAGGUAUUUCAUUUUUUAUUUUAUCUUCUUAGUACGCGAUAUAUUUUUCUGGUGCUUCGAGUCUGUAUCUAAAUUAUAAUAAAUAGAGAAAUAUGUUGAGAAAUUUGAUUGAAUUAAUUGAACGGAAAUUAUUAUUGGAAAUUAAUAUUAUUAUCUUAGGUAGAGUAUUUUUUUUUUUAAAUUUUUUCGAGAUGACGAGAAAUGGCACGGAAAGCGACAGAUGCGAAGGAAAUACAGUAGAACGUCGAUUAUCGAUCAAUAUUAAAUUUCAUGGUCUUGAAUCUCUAGGAAUCUCUAAACAUAGAAAAGAGACCAAAAGUUUGAAUAAUCGACUGUCUACUGUAUUGCGAGUCAUUUAUACAAGUGUCGUGGUAGUUAACGCAAUGUAACGCAUAUAUGUAUUGGUGUGAAAGUGUAUUGACAAAUAAUUCGUCAAGGUUGUUACGUUUGCGUUUUAAUUAUAAAAGAAAUCGUAAGAUUUGUUAUAAUGCCAUCUUGUGACUUUACGAGGGGGCUAAUUUUAAUCGACGAUCGGCUCAAAGUUCGUCUUCUAGGGAGGCUUCGAUUAUAAUUUUUUUUUUUUUUUUUUUCAUUUGUUGACACGUUGUUCGUGACUAUUAUUAUUAUUAUUAUUAUUUUUUUUUUAUUUGUUUUGUAAAGACGAUUAGUAUGUUAAAGCGAAAAAAAUGGCGAAACUUUACUCGCGGUAAAAGAAAACGAGGUACCGUAUGAUUUAUUCUUAAUUUACAUUCGUUUUCUCUUUUCACUUUUCUUUACUACCCGCACUGUUUCUUGUUAAUUCUUCGUCGAAUCGAAAAUUAUUUGUACGCUUGUUUUCGCUCUUGUUAUGUAUAGAUUCUGCACAUAAUAUUGAAUAUAAUUACGGCGUUGUCACAUUGCACUGUGUAUUACCGCAUUUUCUCAUUGUGUAAAUGUUUUUUGUCGGAUCGCGACACAUUAUCAUUUUUUGAUGUUAAUAUUGUAUAGUUUAUGACGUUCUCAACUUAAGGAGCAAGAAAAUAUAAAUAACUUUAGAAUUAACCCCUUCCAUAUGAAAUGGAUUGUUUAUAUUAUAUGUUAUUAUUAUAUUGUAUUCUAUAUUAUAUAUUGUCACGGUUCGUUCCAGUGAGGAUGUCAUCCGACAUUAAUGUCAAUAAUGUCGAGGGAAGCGAAUUAUAACAAAAAAAAAAAAAAAAGAAAGAAAGAAAGAAAGAAAAGGAUUAUC